UUUGCCGAGGUAGCAAAACAUCCGCAGUGCCGCUCGCUGGUCUGUCAGCGAGCAUGAAAACAACUUUAUUUUCUUUCUUUUUGUCGUUAGAGAACCUCAAGGAAAGGCCCGAAGCGGUUUCACAGUCACUUUUAAUAGAACAUGCCUCACGACCCCGACCCUCCUCCGGCUAAAAGAUUCAAGCCGGGGUCUGUGUUUUUCCGCCUGGAUAAGAAUAAGCCUGGAAUGCUGCUGCCUAGAAAGGGAAAUGCUGCCACUCCGAUAGACGUCCAGAGGAAACAGCUUCCCAUCUAUCAAGCGAAGCCCCAGCUCCUGAACCAGCUGAGACAGCUUCACAGUGCUGUCCUCAUAGGUGAGACCGGCUCUGGGAAGACCACACAGAUCCCUCAGUAUCUGUACGAGGCUGGCAUCGGGCGACAGGGCGUGAUCGCCAUCACUCAGCCCCGAAGAGUUGCUGCCAUCUCACUGGCAGGAAGGGUGGCAGAGGAGAAGAGGACUCAGCUCGGGAAGCUGGUUGGUUACACGGUGCGUUUUGAGGAUGUCACCUCCUCUGAGACGAAGCUGAAGUUCAUGACGGAUGGUAUGCUCCUGCGCGAGGCCAUCGGAGACCCCUUGCUGCUGCGCUACACUGUUGUGGUCCUGGAUGAAGCUCACGAGCGCACCGUGCACACCGAUGUGCUCUUUGGCGUGGUUAAGACGGCUCAGCGCAGGCGCAAAGAGCUUAACAAGAUUCCCUUGAAGGUUGUAGUGAUGUCAGCCACGAUGGAUGUGGAUUUGUUCUCUGAGUACUUCAACAAGUCCCCUGUAUUGUACCUGGAGGGCAGGCAGCAUCCUAUUCAGAUCUACUACACCAAACAGCCCCAGUCAGACUACCUGCAGGCUGCUCUUGUCUCCAUCUUUCAGAUCCAUCAGGAGGCACCUCUGUCACAUGAUAUCUUAGUCUUCAUGACGGGCCAGGAGGAGAUUGAAGCACUGGCAAGGACGUGUCGGGACAUCGCCAAGCAUCUGCCUGACGGCUGUGGUCCCAUGGUAGUCAUCCCCCUAUAUGCAUCUCUGCCCCCAGCACAGCAGCUCAGGGUCUUCCUGCCAGCCCCAAAGGGCUGCAGGAAGGUAAUUCUCUCGACUAACAUCGCCGAGACAUCAGUUACAAUCUCUGGGAUCAAAUACGUCAUCGACACGGGGAUGGUGAAGGCCAAACGUUUCAAUCCGGACAGCGGUCUGGAGGUGUUGGCAGUGCAGCGGGUUUCCAAAGCACAGGCCUGGCAGCGAGCAGGCCGGGCUGGCAGGGAGGACUCCGGCUUCUGCUACCGUCUCUACACCGAGCAGGAAUUUGACAACCUCAUCCCUAUGACUGUGCCUGAGAUUCAGAGGUGCAACUUAGCAGGUGUGAUGCUGCAGCUAAUGGCUCUGGGGAUUCCUGAUGUGACUAAUUUUGAUUUCAUGUCCAAGCCUUCUCCAGAGGCCAUCCGUUCUGCUGUGGAUCAUUUGGAGCUGUUGGGUGCUGUGGAAAAGAAGGACGGGCAAGUUUUCCUCACCACUCUGGGAAAGAAGAUGGCAAGCUUCCCUCUGGAGCCCAGAUAUGCCAAGACUAUCCUGUUGUCCCCGGACUAUUCCUGCUCUGAGGAGGUUCUGAGCAUUGUGUCACUGCUGUCAGUGGACACUGUACUGUACAACCCUCCAGCGCGGCGGGAGGAGGUUCUCGCAGCACGCAAGAAGUUCACGUCCAGCGAAGGAGACCACAUGACACUUCUGAACAUUUACAGAGCGUUCAAGAAAGUCAGCGGUAAUAAGGAGUGGUGUCGGGAGAACUUUGUCAACAGCAGGAACAUGGGUCUAGUGAAAGAGGUGCAGGCGCAACUUAAAGAAAUCUGCCUUAAGCUGAAUCUGAAGCUGGAGUCGUGUGGAGCAGACACAGCGAACAUUCGCCGCUGCCUUGCCCAUGGGAUGUUUGUCAAUGCUGCAGAGCUGCAGCCUGAUGGCAGCUACUUGGCUCUAGACACCCACCAGUCCGUAGCCAUCCACCCCUCCUCCGUCCUUUUCCAGGCCAAGCCAGCAUACGUAGUCUUCAAUGAGCUGCUGCACACCUCCCGCUGCUACAUGAGAGACCUCUGUUUGGUAGAUGCCGACUGGCUGCUGGAUGCAGCACCAGAAUACUUUGGCCGCAAGCUCCACCUCAACAAGAGCUAACCAACAAAGAAGCAGGACGCCUGCCACAAAUCCCAGUGUAUUAUUUUCACGACACAACACUUAUUGCAAGUCAGUACAGAACAAUUUGUGUGUAAACUACUCUGGAUUUCACUACCUCCCAGAUGACAAGCAUUUGGCAUGUGUCACUGAAGCAGGAGUCUGCAUAUUGAGGACUCACAAGUUUGACUUCCUCUGGAAUGGUCAUUGAUAUUUAUAAGCUGUAAUUUCUUCUGCCUGACAGCAUUUCAUCUCAUCAUUUAGCCACACUGUUGGCCUAAAAAGGCAGUUUGUGUUGAGGUGUCUUGCUUAAGUUCUUUCAGCAUUUGCAUGCAUUUAUUCAGCACGGAUAACCUCAAAGGAGCACGGCACGGUACUCGACAGAGUUAAAAGGCUCAUUUCCCAACAUAUUGUUCUUCAUUGUUAUCAAACAGCAAUGAGAACACUACAGUAGGCUCAUUAGUCGCUGAUAACCAUGAUUCUAAAAUAUUAGCUUUUCGGAACCUACAAAAAUAAAGCAUUUUCAUUUCAUUUUGGCUUUAUAUGAAGUGGUCUUAAAGGGGUUUCUUUAUGCAAUGGAGGUAGAUUUGUCUCAAUUUAUGAGAAAAAAAAAGCUACUUUCAAUAGUUCCAUUAUUCACAAGGGUUCACCACAAUCUGUGAGCAAGAAAACAUGAAAAACAAGUGUUAAAAUGCAACAGUGAUGUGGUUUCACUUAGAUAAGUGAACUACAUGCAGCACUUUCCUUGUUAGCUUGUGCACGCUCUUUUUCACAUGUGCAGUUGUAUCACCAUUUCUUCCCCAAGUAACAUGCACGUCAGGAGAAGUAGCAUGCCUUACCAUGUUGUGUGUCGUGCAAAUCCCUACACACAGUCACCACACAUACAUGCUAACACCAAACGUAUGCAAUGCAUGGAGAUUCUAGUCACUGAUCUGAUCGCUCAGGUCCUUCACACUUUGUAGAAUGUAUUUCACACAUGUUGAGGAACAGGAUGGAGGAGCCUCAUGUCUUGUUUUGGUUUUUACACAUUGGACUCAGGAUUGUACAAUAUAUUCUGUAACCUGAAUAAAGUAUACAAGCAGUUUCUAA